GAAUUGUUCGUGCAUUGUUCGUCCGUGCUGCACGGAUAAUCAGAAUUGAACACAUUUGUAAUAAAAAGUUUGGCACGUUCGGACGUAGAUGUUGCGAUAUUAAAUAGAAUUUUUCUCAUUUGUGCCGGUUUCGCGUGUUGCUAGUUAAAAUAUCUUUGAACUCUAUGUAACGAGUACACAUAAAAAUAAAAAUCCAUAAUUUAUCGCAUAAGGAGUUAAUCGAAAAGGCGUAGUUUUAUUGCAUUACAAUCGUAGCUCGAAGUGUGAUAAGAGCCAUAAGGUGCGUGCCAAAUUUGUAGUGAAAAAACCGUCAGUGCUUUUAUUGCGAUUUUCCAAUAUUUGCUACCAUUGAAUGUUACGUUAUGCAUACGUCAUACAUGUUGGCACAAGAACAAAAGAGGAAUAUUGUUGUUGAAGAAGACACCAACUAGAUCGAUAUCUGCUGCAAUACUUGUCGUUCCUGGCACUCCACCCUACUGCGAAAUUAUAUCCCGUGCCCUUACCGUCAUUCCAUCCUUACUGAUGAUGUUGGCUGAUGUGUGGUGUAAGCAAUUCUAAAAUUGUGAUUGAGGGUGUGAUGAAAACCUUAUUAUAUUUUGAUAGUGUGAAAGCGUUUUAGCUACUAUGAAGCGCAGCAAUCUUUUGCUCAUCGCCUUGUGAAGCGAAUCGUGAAUCGUGUGGCGAAUGUGGUAUAGCGUUUGCAUUGUGCGUGCACAAGUGAAUUCACUGUGAAUAACAUUCUCGUAGGGUAUCCAGUUAAUGUGGUGCGGUAGUGCUGUAUAUUUCCCUCUGUUUUGAGUUCUGACAUUUAAAAGGUUGACAAAUCCUGUCAUACCUAUCGCAUUCCCUGUUACCUCGAAGAAGUAAUUUACAACUAAAUAUUGUAUAGAGCUAACUGUUACACAGCUAUAAUUACGACCAAAUCGGUGGUUUCUCAUCCACUCAAAAUAACCCGCUCUAAUUCCAGUGACGUAGCGCUUAUCAUUGAAAACAGGAGGUUUUCUCUUGUAAACAACUAGGGGUAAACGGGGCAAAAUGGAUACCCUAUAUCUAAGCAUUAUUUCACAGCAAGGUUCGUAUAGUAUCCAGCGGAACAUCGAAGAAACCCCCUUUGGGGUAGGCAAACCGAAACCGAAUAGCUGAUGAAGAUACCAAAUUGGAAUUGCAGUGUCAAGUAGAUUGGAGAGAUUAUGAUGCAAUAAUGCCUUACAAAUGGGAGCCACGAAAAGAGCAUGUUUUGGUCGAAGCAAUUCAGUCCAGGCUACUACAUCAGUAGACAACAGCCAAGAAACACAGCAACACUUGAGAGUUUCUUCGGGAAAUCAACAGCAGUACAGCAAUCGAUUGAGAAGAUUGCGCUCUGUUAGUCAAUCAACUUCUGCAACUAGCUUGAACAAUUUAAACAAUAAUAGCAGUAACAACAACGCAGGGUCUACCUCCUGCAUAUCUGCCGGUAAUAAUACAACGAAUAGUACUGGCAACUCUAUCAUCAGCAAUAUCACCGAUAAUAUUACAAGUACCACCAACAACAAUACUAUUACCUACAACCACAACAAUUGCAGUACGCUGAGACAUCAGCGCCAUCAUCAACAUCAUCUUCACACGAUCCGAUCUAGUACUUCUAGUACAAAUUCAACAGCAGUCAACACGGGGGGUCUAAUAUCAAGAGUAUUUGAUCAUAGCAACAGUAGCGGCAGAAGCGAUAGCUCUUCUCAUUGUACCAACACCACUAGUCCAGCUGCUUCUGUCACCAGCUGUACUACGAUAUCAUUACCUGUCGUCUCUGCAAAUCAUUCUAGUAGUAGUGUACCUGGAUUGGGUAGUAUUGCGACUAGAAUUGGAAGUAAUUCACGACGAGCGUCCCCAAGUGAAAAAAAAAAACAUCUCCAAAAUAAGAACGAUGAUAAAAUGGAUGAAAAAAAGUCACAACAACAGAAACCCCCUGUCAAACAGCAUCAACACCCGCGUGAUACAACCCCAAUUAGUCGGAAAGGGAGAAAUCGCAAAGAUACAGAAGCAGGGGGAGGAAACAGUACUUCGGCCAUCAAUGAAACUUCACCAAAGAAACGUAAUACAGUCAGAUAUCACGGGAUGAUAUCAAAGAUAUCCUCCGUACCUACUGAUAAAGAACAAAAAGAAACUACCGAGUCCAUUGAAGAUUACAAAUCUGUUGGCGAUAUUGAAGAUUAUGAAUUAAGUAGACAAAGCCAGGAAGAUGCAAUUAUCGCAGAACAAGAUAAUGUUGAAGAUCAUCCUUCAUCUACAUCAAACACAGCACAUCUUGAGCAUAAUGAAGAAAAACCCGUGUCCAAAGACGAUGGGAUACAUUCUGUAGUGAAUGUAAAAGAAACAAGUCGUUCGAAAGCGCUUACUAACGACUCUGGAAUUGAUGGUGAACAACAGUUAUCCAUUCCUCAUUUAGAUGAAAAUGGAAUAGUAGAAGAUGAAGGGGCUUUUGGUAGUAAUCCAUACGACAGGAAUAAUGAAGUUCGCCAGAAAG